AUGAAAUUCAUAAUAAUACCAGAAAAUAUCUAUAAGAAAUUUGAAUGUAGACAAACUUACAGUUACUCAGAUCUUUAUACUAAGAAUUGGCAUCCUUUGCUAAAAAAAAGUUUAUUUACAGGAAAAAUUAAAAGUUACAAAUAUAGUGACAAAAUUAUUCCAUUACUAGCUAGUAAUGUUAGAUUUAAGAUUGUAAACUCUGAGGAACAAGCUUUUUCAAUAACGGGGAUCUCAUCCUAUAAGGAUAUAAUACUAUGUGGGAGUACAAAUGGCACAAUAAAUAUGUAUAAUUUAAGGUCAAUGGACAAUAUUCGUCAAUUAAAUGCUGGUAAAGGGCCAACAAUGAAAUUUCCUUUAGGAUAUGUUUUAACAAGAAGAGAAAAAGAAAGAGUCUCUAAAGGGAAAAAAUUUACUUUAAAUCCUAUAUGUACAAUAGACCCUGGUUUUAAAAAAUGUCAUAGAGGUGUAAUUUCAUCUAUUGAAUUGAGCCCAUUAGAUGGUCAACUAUUUGUAACUACUGGUUGGGAUGGAAAUGUUAAAGUAUGGGAUACGAUUGAAUCAACAUGCGUAUUUGAUACUAAAUCUAAUUUAAAAAUAUAUUUUUCUAGUAUUCAACCUAUAUUAACAAGUAUAAUAGGUACUGCAUUACAAGAUGGUAGCGUGAGGAUUUUAGAUUUACGUAGUGGUGGCCAAUAUACUCAUUCACUACAUAUUGAUUCUAAAACAACGAGAUUACCUGAUGAUAAUAUUAAAUCCCCAAUUUAUUAUCUAUCAUGGAAGCCCGAUUCAGAAUAUAUUUUAGCAACAGCCUCUCAAGAUGGGUAUAUUCGUUUAUGGGAUAUGAGAUUUACACAGCAGCCAUACUUAUAUUGUAAUCAAAAUUUACCAGAUUGGGAUUAUAUUCAACAGACAGGAUAUAUGACUCCAUUAUUAAUGAAAAAUCAAAUGGAUAGCUUUGGUGAAUUGAAAAAUCAGUUAAAUUUAAAUGAUAUACAAGAGGAUACCUCAAGUUAUAACAAUGCAAAUUUUCCAAAGAUAAAUAAUUUAACUAAAGUGGAAGAGGAAUUUUUAUAUAAUAAAAAAAAACUAAAUAAGGAAUUAUAUGAGAAUAAUUCAAGUAAAUCUUUAUAUUUAAAAAAUAGAUCAAAACAAAUUCAAUAUGAUUUAGCAGAAUAUGAUAAUCAUCCAGUUUUUGGUAUAAAUAGUCCAUCUACAUUUGGUCGCGGACAUGAAUGUGGUAUUACUUGUUGUUCGUUUAUAUAUAAUGGGAGAUAUUUAAUAUCAUCUGAUCAAGAUGGAACAAUAAAAUUAUGGAAUGCUCAAAAUGGAAAAAACUGUUAUGUUCCAUUUGAUAGAUUUGAUUUGAACAGUUCGUGGAGUAAUUAUAAUACUAAUAAUAGUGGAAAUUACAAUAAUAAAUUAUUAAAAUAUUUUAGACGUUUUUCUAUUGAGGAUAUAACAAAUCAAAAUUUAUUUCAUCCAAAUGGAAAUGAUAUUGGAGUAUGGAAUAUCAGAACAGGAAGAUGUAUUGAACGUUUAUCUGCUCAUAUAUCUGCGAUGUGUGUUACUGUUAUACAUUGGAGUUCAUAUAAACAAAGAAUUUUUUCUGGUGGACAGGAUGGAAAAAUAAUGUUGUGGACAGUUUGA